AUGCAAAUUCCAAAACAAUAUAUUUUAUCUACAGGUUAUUCAAUUCCUUCUGUGGCGUUGGGUUGUUAUAAUAUUCCUAAGGAAGAUACAACUGAGUUAGUCGAGGCUGCCUUGGAGAGAGGGUAUAGACAUUUCGAUACUGCUGUAUUAUAUGAAAAUGAAAAAGAAGUUGGGGAUGGUAUUUCUAAUUGGUUAUUAAAGAACCCAAAUCAUUCAAGAGAUGAAAUUUUUUACACAACAAAAUUAUGGAACUCACAAUUCGGUUAUGAAAAUGCAAAACAAGCAAUUAAAGAGUGUUUACAAGCUGUGAAUUCACUUGGUUAUAUAGAUCUAUUACUAAUGCAUUCACCGAUUGGUGGUAAACCUGUUAGACUUGAAACUUGGAGAGCAAUGCAAGAAGCAGUGGAUUUGGGUAUGGUGAAAAAUAUAGGUGUUUCUAAUUUCGGUGAACAGCACAUUACAGAUAUACUAUCGUGGUUGGAUUUGAGAUACCCACCUGUGGUCAAUCAAAUUGAAAUCUCUCCUUGGUGUAUGAGACAACAAUUAGCUGAUUAUUGUAAACAGCAGGGUAUUUUCGUGGAAGCUUAUGCGCCUUUGACUCACGGUUACAAGAUUAACGAUUUGGGCCUAUUGAGGAUAUCGAAGGACACAGGGAAGAAUCCAGCACAAAUACUUAUCAGAUGGUCCUUACAGCAUGGUUAUAUCCCAUUGCCAAAAACAGAAACGAUCGGCAGGCUCUCCGGGAAUUUGGAUGUUUACGAUUUCGAAUUGACUGACGAACAGAUGGCCAAGAUAGAUCACCCAGAGGCCCAUGAGCCUACAGACUGGGACUGUGUCACUGCCCCAUGA